CAUAUAUUGCAUAUCAUUCAAUAACCAAAAGAAAAGUAAAGAAAUCAAAUUUGUGAAAUGGGAAGUGCAAGAAACGAGUUAUACUUUGUGUUCAUGAACUACGAUCCUCAUUAUGAACGCCUUAAAGCUGAUCGAACAAAGAGAGGAGCAUAUGAACUGGAUGUGUACCUAAGUAGAAAACAUGAUGAACUAUUGUCAAACAAUCUUGAACAUGGAAGCUACAACAAAACACUUUCUUUAGUCAUUGUUGAUGGCUUUGCUGUUGAGAUCACAGAAGAACAGGCCAAUGUGCUUAGAUCUGCUAAUGGAGUGAGAGUUGUGGAGAAAAAUCAAGAAGUUGCUUAACUAGCUUGCCAAAUUAAGAAGAAAGUGAAAGUUUUAAUUAUUGAUUAAUUAAGUAAGAAAUGUGUGAUAAUUAAUAAGUUUGUUGUCAUUUGCAAAGUUUGGAAUUAUAAAUAGACUUAAUUAUAUCUCGAUUUCUGAUUA